UUUUUUUUUGAGUGGAUGCUGCUCGCCGCCCGCCGCAACUUGCCGGCUGCACCCAGACCCCCGAGCCCGCCUCCCCGGCCGCUCCGGAAGAAGGGCGGCAGCCCGGCGGGCCGCCCCCGGCUCCCCCCGCAGCCCCCCCGGGCGGCGGCGCCGCCGCCCCAGCCCCGCUCCCCGGCGGGCCCGCGGCCGCCGCCGGCCCCAAGGCUCCCCGCGCGCCCGGCCUCUGACCCGCGCGGGCUGCCCCUGAUUAGCCCGCUCCCGCCGGAGAGGGGGGCGCGACGCGGCCGGUCAGCCAAUCAGGAGCCGGGGCUGCCCCGCUCUGCCCGCCCCGUCGGCGAGGCGGGCGCUGGCGGUGGGGGCUGCCGGGGGCGGCGGGCACCGGGCGCGGGCAGAGCUGCGGGCACCAGCCACGACGCCACCGCCGCCACCAUCGCCACCACCGCCACCGGGCGGAUCCGCGCUUCUGCCGGAGCUUCUUUCGUCGCUUUACUUUCGCGGCCCCGGAGCAGGGACAUUAUGCCGAAGAGAAAGUCUCCAGAGGGUGCUGAAGGCAAGGAUGCAGCGAAAGUAACUAAACAAGAGCCCACGAGACGAUCAGCAAGAUUGUCAGCUAAACCUGCUCCACCAAAACCUGAACCCAAACCAAGGAAAACCACGAAGAAGGAACCUGGAACAAAGGCCAACAAAGGUGCUAAAGGGAAGAAGGAUGAAAAGCAAGAAGCUGCAAAGGAAGGUACUACACCAUCUGAAAAUGGUGAAAAUAAAGCUGAAGAGGCUCAGAAAACUGAAUCAGUAGGGGACAAGAAUGAAUGAAAUAUCAUGAAAAUUUUGGGUUGAUUUUAUGUACCUCUUGGACAACUUUUAAAAGAUAUUUUUAUCAAGUAUUUUGUAAAUGCUAAUUUUUUUAGGACUAUGAUAGUUGACAUAUUAAACUGUAUAUGAACAUUUCCCUUCUCAUAACAGUGCUUUUAGAAAUUCCCAUUGUUGCCAAGUAAUAUAAAUAUCAACUUAAUAUUGCAAGGUAUGUGUAAAAUUGGAUCAGCAUUCCAUACACUUGCUUUAAGAAAUUAAGUCUUGUGCAUAUGGUGAUGUUUUUACUGUGCGUAUUUGAAUUUUUCAUGCAGUUUUUCUAGAGCAAUAAUCAGUGGUGCUUUUGUACUUAGGGUUUAUGUGAUUUUAAUGAAACAUGGAUAGAUGUGGCCACCUGCUGACUAUUUUGGGUUCUUUUAAUGGAUUAAAAUAAAAGGUCUCCUUGCCUGCAAAGCUACAGCCUCCUAAUGUUUUCUCUAAAUCUGAAGAAUGCCUUACUCAUGUUUUCAACUGUUACAAGGAAGACUAAACGAAUCUGCAACAGUCGGUUUGCAUGCAGUCUGUUUGCUUUUUGGCUGACAUCUGAUUAAAAAAUACCCACGCAGGAGUAGCAGGCUGGGAUUUUCAGUGGCCCACAACUUAAGGGACUUAUAGAUGUAUUCUUCAUACAUACAUUCUUCAGAUACACUGUUACAGGGUGAGUAGAGUUGCCAUACUUUAUCAGGAUAUUGGGUCUGUAAUGAGCUAUCGAUGCAGAAUGAAUUGCUUGAUUGGUAGAGACAUACAGUAACUUAAAAGUGGCUUUGUUUCUCCCCCACUCUCCUUCCAUUAACUUGCAUCGUACUCUGUGGAAACCUUUCUUUCUAUCUGCGGCCUCAAAUUUAAUAUAAAUAGUAAUUGCUGUUCUGCUUCAGCUGAGGACAGUUGUUAAUACAUUGAAAUCGCUGUUAAACAGCGCUAUAUAUUUGGUACCUGGUAGAAAAGGAACAAUGAAAGCUAUUUUUGAGGUGAUUGUGGUGAUAUGGUGGAUUAGCUAAUGGUUUUUUUUUUUUUUAGUGUCCAUGUUUCAACUCUGCAGCUCAUUCUAAGCUCCUUUUAUAAUUUUUCUCCUUCUCUUUUCUCUAGGGGCCCUGGUAUUUCUAUUGUUACUUCUGGGAUGGGAGGGGUGAGAGAAAAGAUGUUCCCUGUUCUUCAGUAGCAUUGAUUUGUAUUGCUCAAGUGGUGGCCAUUAUGUCUGAGGAUACCCUUUGCUUGUUCAAGUCAAUAAAUAAAUGACUGUUGCCUGA